GAAAACUCUCCCACGUUCCACAGCCGUUAUUGGCUGCGAAUUUUUGUUUGCUUCCUCCCUGCGAGCGAGGAUCGACGAAUUCUCUCAUUGAACAGAUUGUACAGCAGGAAGUUCUCUCUCUCUCUCUUGAAUAUGGAACUUCCUCUCUCUCUCUCUCUCACUUUCUCUCGUACAGAAUACAGCCCUCUACACAGGAAGGUAUCAACAGUCGCGGAACAACCGAGAGCAACAUUGUGAUCGAUCAUUAGAACGCGGUGUUACUAAUAACUUGCGGAGAGAAAAUAUAUUUGUACGUGAAAAAAUGAGUAUAAAUGAAGAUUGGGACGUGGAAAAACACAAGGUAGAACACGAACCCGACGAACACUGGGAUUUGAGGCGCAAAUUUUUACUAGCUCACAAAAACAAAUUCACGGAAGACGCGCUUGUUUGUUUAGCUCAGGUGUUUGUCAACGUUGAGGUAUUGGGAUGCAGAUAUCCACAAGAAACAAUGGAUUUAGUAAAGGAAUUGUCUCAAGAGGUAGCGGCUGAAUAUAGAGAAAAGCAAAAGAAAAAGUUACAGAGAACCUUUGUGGAAGCUUCAGAAGCAGCAAGUUCUAAGGUUAAAGGACUUUCUGCCUCUAAAUCUAAAGACGUAGAAAAUCGCACAUCAAUGACGUAUAAACAUACCGUUCAAUCUUGUGAAAUUUCUGACAACAAAACAAUUGAACAGUUAUCUUCCGAUGACACGGAAAAAUCUAUAUCCAAUACAGUUAAUAAUAGUAAGAAAAAAAACAUUGAAAAAGCGAGGACAAUAGAAAUUGAAGAAUUGUCUUCUAAAAAUUUGAUGACGGAAACAGAUAGCACGGAAGAUCAACUUUACAGACGUUUGAUUCUUGUUGAAAGACCCGGUGAUAUGGCACCGGCUAUAAUUAGUAGUUCAACUAGUUUAGCCGGCAUUGUCUUUAAGUACAAGUAUACACAAGUAAAUGAAAAUGAUACAAAAGUUUGGAAAUGUGACGUUUGUUUGGAUGACACUGUCCUGGUAAGUUGUACCGAUGUCAACAAGAAAGUUGCUAGAAUGUUAGCAUCAGAAGCCGCGUUAGAGAAAUGUCGAGAGCAUUGCUACACUAUUAAGUUCAAACCUCGCGAUAGAAAAUUAUAUAUAACUGUAACAAAAGAUUCGGAAGGGCCUAAUAUAAAUGAUGAUUGGAGCAAAGACAAUUCUAUCGGAAGUAAACUGAUGAAACAGAUGGGUUGGACCGGUGGUGGUCUCGGAAAGUCAAAGCAGGGAAUGAUAGAACCCGUGGCUGCGAUGAUGGGACCGGUGAUAAGACGAAAGGAAGGUCUUGGUUUGCAAUCAAAUUCCUGCUCAGCCGAAAUGAAAGCUAGAUGGUACAAAUUGUUUAAAAAUUUUAUACGAAAUACUGACAUUGACUCGGACAAUGACAUUGAGUUUGUAGAUUUUACAAAUGAGGAAAGAGGUCUAAUCCAUACGAUCGCGCACAACGUAGGUCUUAAAUCUCGCAGUUACGGUCGCGCGGAUCAGCGCAAACUGAUAGUUUCACGCAAACUGAACGUGCAAUCUCUUUUUGUCGAAUUAAAAAAGGUUGGCGGAGCGUCGGAAAAAUACGAACUGGUGGAACCGACUGGCAAAGGAUCAACGUCCGCUGUAAAAAACUCUAUUCCAAAAGAAAACAUCUCAGGAAUGAAUGUAUGUUAACGCAAUAUAUAUAGAUCUUCUACAACAUAAAACUAUGUAACAUAAGAGUAAUGUAACUUUAUGUAACAUACAAAUAUACUUUACUCUGUAAAUAAAUUGAUCAGUCGUUCUUA